UGCAUAGGAGGAAUGACGUUAUCAUCAGGAAGCUCCUCGAGACUUUCAUACUUUUGCAUGGUGAAUAGCGUCAAUUAAAACGCUUGCCUCAUAUAUAAAGGGAUUGUCGUAAUUAAUUUUUCAGCGUUAAGCAACCAAUAACUGUUAGAUGUAUACUGUUGAUAAUAUCAACCGAAUGUAAUAAAUGUAGACGUAGUAACGUUCCAUUUGUUAUCUUGUUGAUAAGUUCAAAAUGAUUGCAUUUAUAGUUACUUUAUAUAUACUCCAAUAGAUAUACAGUAAUUUUUGUAAAUAGCCAGGUUUAUGAAGUGUUAGUAUCCACAUAGAAGUGAUCAAAAUUUCAUAAAUUAUUAGUAAUAAUUAACAUUAUCUUUAUUAUAUUAUAAGUGUAGACUAGUUAAGACUGUAAUAAUGCAGUCUGUAAAAUGUGUUAUCGUAGGAGACGAGGCAGUUGGUAAGACAAGUUUACUUAUUACCUAUACAACAAAGAGAUUUCCACCUGUAAAUAUUCCUCCGCCAUUUGAAAACUAUACAAUGAAAAUAAUGGUCGAUGGCAAGUCAUUUAAGUUGGAUUUAUUUGACACAGAUGGAAAAGAAUGCUAUGAUAUGAUAAGGACCUUAAGUUAUCCUGAAACAGAUAUUGUUUUGAUCUGUUUUUCUGUUGUUUCUCCUUCAUCUUUUGAAAAUGUGAGAAUAAAAUGGCUUCCGGAAGUCACUCAUCACUGUCAGAAGACACCAUUCCUAUUGAUAGGGACAAAGAUCGAUCUCCGAGAUGAUGCUGCUACCAUAGAAAAGUUAGAUAAAAAUAAACAGAAGCCAAUAACUAUUGAACAAGGAGAGAAAUUAGCUGAAGAACUAAAGGCAGUGAAAUAUAUUGAAUGUUCUGCAUGGACUCAGAAAUACCUACUUUCAAUUCACAUACUUUGCACAAAAGAGAAGGGCCUCGCAAAGAUCUGCCGCCCGGAGCCUCGCAAUGGUUAA